AACGGCAAGCAUUUUAACUGAUCCAGCCACGUUGGACGGUGACGGUGACGAUAAUCGAUAGGGUUCAACGACGAUAAAUUUCGAACUUUGAAGUUAGCAGAGUGACUGAAAUGGCGGUGAUGAUAUCGACGAAUAGCUUCUUCGUCAGCGCUUCCUUCUUCGAUGAAAGCCGGAACUUUCGCUGGAACUCUCUCCGGGGACCGGUGUUUCCUCAAGCUUGGUUAAACGGCCGGCGACUCGUUCGUCUGAAAUCGAACAAAAAUGUAAUCUUUUGUUUGAGUUCGAACACGAAGGAGGUUAGUGAGUUCAAGCCGAGUUUCGAUCAGUACCUGCAAAUCAUGGAGUCGGUUAAAACAGCUCGGAAGAAGAAGAAAGUCGACGGCUUGGUGGUAGAUAAAGGUGAGGAUGGUGGUGGUGGUGAAAAUGGUGUUUCUGAUAGACGAGUAGAAUUGGGAAGAGAUGUAGAAGGUGUGAAGAGUAAGAAUGGUGAGCCAAAAGAUGAAGGUUUCAGGAGAAGAUACUCGAGGCAGGAGACGGUAAGCUUCAAGAGGAACGAAGAAAGUAGAACUCAGAGAGAUGUGAAAUGGAGUAACAGUGGUGAAUCUUAUUCAUUGGCUACGCCAGAAGAUGAAAGCUUUAGGAGAAGGUACGUGAAGGAGGGGAUGGUAGGUGGGGAGAAACGUGAUGAGAGAGGUUUCAAGAGGGAGGAAGAAAGUGGAAUUGAGAGAGUGAUCAAAGAUGUUAAGUGGAGGAAGAGUGGUGAGUCUUCUUCAGUGACUGCUCCAGAGGAUGAGAGCUUUGGCAGCAGAAGAAGGUACGUGAAGCAGGAGAUGGUUAAGUAUCAGCGUUCCCCUGAUGCAUCUAGAGGGACCGAGAGAGCUGGUUUUUCCGUUGGAGAAAGGCGGUUUCAGAGAACAGCCAAAGAUGUGAAAUGGAGUAAGAGUGGUGAGUCUUCAGUGAUUGCGCCAGAAGGUGAGGGUUUCAGGAGACAGAGUCCGAAGCAGGAGAUGAUGAGGUAUCAGCGUGACAAUAGUACAUCGAGAGGUUCCAAAGGAGAUGGAUUAAAUCUCCUCGCUGAAGAAAGGCGAAUUGAGAGACUAGCCAACGAGAGGCAUGACUUGAGAAGUAGAACCAGGAGAGUGGGUGCCAAGAAAGAUGAUGAUGAUGAUGAUAGCUUAUUUGACAUGGAAACUCCUGCCUUCAGGUUUUCCGAUGAGUCCAGUGACAUAGUGGACAAGCCAGCCACUUCACGUCUCGAAAUGGAAGACAGAAUCGAGAAGUUGGCAAAAGUGUUGAAUGGUGCAGACAUCAAUAUGCCUGAGUGGCUGUUUUCUAAGGCGAUCCGGAGUGCAAAGAUCAGAUAUACGGAUUACACUGUAAUGAGACUGAUCCACUUUCUAGGGAAACUUGGAAACUGGAGACGAGUUCUUCAAGUCAUUGAGUGGCUUCAAAGGCAAGACCGUUACAAAUCAAAUAAGCUAAGAAUCAUCUACACAACUGCACUAAAUGUGCUUGGUAAGUCAAGAAGGCCUGUGGAAGCUCUCAAUGUAUUCCAUGCAAUGCUGUUACAAAUAUCAUCAUAUCCGGAUAUGGUAGCAUACCGUUCAAUUGCAGUAACACUUGGGCAAGCUGGUCAUAUAAAGGAACUUUUUCAUGUGAUUGACACAAUGCGAUCUCCACCAAAAAAGAAGUUCAAGCCAACGACACUUGUAAAAUGGGAUCCCCGGCUUGAACCUGACGUUGUUGUUUACAAUGCGGUACUCAACGCAUGUGUUCAACGGAAGCAGUGGGAAGGAGCGUUCUGGGUGUUACAGCAGUUGAAGCAAAGAGGACAAAAACCUUCUCCUGUCACGUACGGCCUCGUCAUGGAGGUGAUGCUAGCAUGCGAGAAAUACAACUUAGUUCAUGAAUUCUUCAGGAAGAUGCAGAAAUCCUCUAUCCCUAAUGCUCUAGCAUAUAGAGUUCUUGUUAAUACUCUGUGGAAAGAAGGCAAAACCGACGAGGCCAUACAGACGGUUGAGGAUAUGGAAAGCCGUGGUAUUGUUGGCUCAGCUGCUCUUUACUACGACCUUGCUCGCUGUCUAUGUAGCGCAGGAAGGUGUGAUGAAGGGCUUAACAUGAUUAAGAAGAUAUGCAGAGUCGCAAAUAAGCCUCUCGUGGUGACUUACACUGGCCUUAUCCAAGCAUGCCUCGAUGCGGGAAACGUAAAGGACGCAGCUUACAUUUUCGAUCAGAUGAAGGAGGUCUGCAGCCCGAACCUAGUCACUUGCAACAUAAUGCUAAAAGCUUAUCUACAAGAGGGGUUGUUUGAAGAAGGCAGAGAACUUUUCCAGAAGGCGUUGGAAGAUGGAAGUAAUAUAGAAAACAGCUCAGAUUUUGAAUCAAGAGUGUUGCCAGACACGUACACGUUCAACACAAUGCUAGAAGCUUGCGCUGAACAAAAGAAGUGGGAUGAUUUUGGUUAUGCUUAUCAAGAGAUGUUGCGUCACGGAUACCAUUUCAAUGCCAAACGCCAUCUCAAAAUGGUCCUUGAAGCUAGCAGAGCAGGACAGGAAGAAGUGAUGGAAGUGACAUGGGAACAUCUGAGACGGAGUAAUAGGAUUCCACCUUCGCCUCUAAUCAAAGAAAGAUUCUGCAGGAAGCUCGAGAAAGGCGAUCAUGCAACGGCCUUAUCGUCUCUUGCUGUCCUUAAUGGCAAGAUAGAGGAGACUGAGCUACGUUCAUUUUCAACGGACGCAUGGUCCAAGGUCUUGUACCGGUUUGAGAAAGAUUCAGUUUUGAGGUUAAUGGACGAUGUGAACAGACGUGUGGGUUUGAGAAGUGAGUCUUCGGAUUCGGUUUUGGGGAAUCUGUUGAGUUCUUGUAAAGAGUUUCUGAAGAACAGAACACAAGUGUUGUAAGUUAUUGACAACAUCAUUAAGCAAAGGCUGUGAUUGUUGUACUUUGUUUAAAGAUAGAAGAGAGUGGGGAGGGAGAACUGAGAAGUAUAUUAACGGGUUAACAACUAUGUGAAUCAUUGCUGCUAUCUGAAUAGAUUUUUAAUUAGAUU